CUUUUAAAGAGAAAAUACCCAAGUAUGGAGGAGACAUUGAUCCUAUAGUAUGGGACCUAAAAAAAGUCCUUGAGCCUCCCAAGGCAAAUAUCAAUGUCAAAGAUGCAACUGGGCUGGCCCCAUUAAUGCAUUUUACACGAGAAUUGUGUAUUAGGGAAGGCGAUGUUCCGGAGAUAUGGUAUCUUUUAGAAGCAAUCAAACUCCUUAUUGCAUUUGGUGCUGAUAUUAAUGCUACUGAUGAAAAUGGCUUCUCUCCAUUGAUCUACCUCAGGGCAUUCAAAGGAAGGGACCAUGUAGUUAAAGAUGUCAUUACACUUUUUGUAAAUCUAGGCGCAGAAGAAGAAAUGGAUAGACACAUUACUUAUUGUGUCAUUCAUGCAUCUAUAUCCAUGGAAACAGUGCAUGAAUCCAUGGAGACAAGCAUUGAAAACAUAAGUGAUAUCUCUAUGAUAACCUUCCAUGAGAGCAUGGAGAUAUCCAUAGCAACAACAUCUAGCUCAUUUUUGGAC